AUUUUAACGCUGGACGAAAUGUCACUACAGAUGGGGAUGAGACAUGGCCAACGUCCCACCACAAGUUUCAGCCCCAGAAUUCGUUUUUGAGCAUGGCUAUCAAACUUACCUGCCCACGGAAAGCAACGAAAACCAGACAGCCACUGUCAUCUCUCUGCCUGCCAAGUCACGUGCCAAAAAGCCCUCGGCCCCACCUGCUCAGAAAAGGCUUAACUGUUGCUACCCAGGUUGCCAGUUCAAGACUGCCUAUGGCAUGAAGGACAUGGAGCGUCAUUUAAAAAUUCACACAGGAGACAAGCCCCACAAGUGCGAAGUCUGCGGCAAGUGCUUCAGCCGGAAGGACAAGCUGAAGACCCACAUGCGGUGCCACACAGGCGUGAAGCCCUACAAGUGCAAGACGUGUGACUACGCCGCUGCGGACAGCAGCAGCCUCAACAAGCACCUGCGGAUCCACUCCGACGAGCGGCCCUUCAAGUGCCAGAUCUGCCCCUACGCCAGCCGCAACUCCAGCCAGCUCACCGUCCACCUGCGGUCCCACACAGGGGACGCCCCCUUCCAGUGCUGGCUCUGUAGCGCCAAGUUCAAAAUCAGCUCGGACUUGAAAAGGCACAUGCGCGUGCACUCGGGGGAGAAGCCUUUCAAGUGCGAGUUCUGCAAUGUCCGCUGCACCAUGAAGGGAAACCUCAAGUCCCACAUCCGCAUCAAGCACAGCGGGAAUAACUUCAAGUGUCCGCACUGCGACUUCCUGGGGGACAGCAAAGCCACCCUCCGGAAGCACAGCCGGGUGCACCAGUCCGAGCACCCCGAGAAGUGCGCGGAGUGCAGCUACUCCUGCUCCAGCAAGGCCGCGCUGCGCAUCCACGAGCGCAUCCACUGCACGGACCGCCCCUUCAAGUGCAAUUUCUGCAGCUUCGACACCAAGCAGCCCAGCAACCUGAGCAAGCACAUGAAGAAGUUCCACGGGGACAUGGUCAAGAACGAGGCCUCGGAGAGGAAGGACACCGGCCGCCAGAGCAGCCGGCAGGUGGCCAAGCUGGACGCCAAGAAGACUUUCCACUGUGACAUUUGCGACGCCUCGUUCAUGCGGGAGGACUCGCUCCGCAGCCACAAGAGGCAGCACAGUGAGUACAGUGAGAGCAAGAACUCGGACGUGACCGUCCUCCAGUUUCAGAUCGAACCCAGCAAGCAGCAGGCCGCGCCCCUCACCGUGGGCCACCUCCAGGUGCCCCUGCAGCCCAGCCAGGUGCCCCAGUUCAGCGAGGGGAGAGUCAAAAUCAUCGUGGGGCAUCAGGUGCCCCAGGCGAACACCAUUGUCCAGGCUGCGGCCGCCGCCGUGAACAUUGUGCCAUCCACCUUGGUGGCCCAGAACCCGGAGGAACUGCCCGGGAACAGCCGGCUGCAGAUCUUGCGCCAGGUCAAUCUGAUCGCCCCUCCCCAGCCCUCGGGGUGUCCCAGCGAGGCGGGUGCCCUGACCCAGCCGACUGUCCUGCUGACCACGCACGACCAGACGGAGGGAGCCACUCUGCACCAGACUCUCAUCCCCACGGCCCCAGGCGGCCCCCAGGAAGGCGCUGGCAACCAGACUUUUAUCACCAGUUCCGGUAUCACCUGCACGGACUUCGAAGGCCUUAACGCUCUCAUUCAGGAGGGGACGGCCGAGGUGACUGUGGUGAGCGACGGGGGCCAGAACAUCGCGGUGGCCUCCGCGGCCCCACCUAUAUUUUCCUCCUCUCAGCAAGAACUGCCCAAGCAGACUUACUCCAUCAUUCAAGGAGGGGCCCACCCAGCUUUGCUCUGUCCAGCGGAUUCCAUACCAGAUUAGUGCUUAAAAAACAAAAGAAAGGGGGGGGAGGGAAAUGUGACACAAAAAUAAGUCAUACAUAGAAUUCUGCAAGAGGUAUGCCCUUUAUGUUUUUAAAGAUUAUUGAGAAAGGCCCCCCAUAAUAAAUUGUAAUUUUAUACUGCUUA